AUGCUCUUGAGCGCCGCCGAGAUUUUCACAACUCCUCGGCGAACAGCUAGACAAACGGGUUAUGGAGAUCAAUCUUCUUACCAAAAUCCGGCUCAAUCGGUGAAGAGCUCCACCUACAAUGCGCCAUCGAUUCACCCGCCAAGCACCUGUAAGUGCCAACAGCCGAACAACUGUCCAGCUGGUCCGCCAGGCCCCACCGGAGCUCCAGGAAUUCCUGGCCCCGAUGCUCUUCCUGGGGCCCCAGGUGUGCCGGGUGUUCCCUCGUACAUGCCCCGACCAGCCUUUGACCCGUAUGCACCACCCAAACCUUGCAUUAGUUGUCCAAUCGGUCCACCGGGGAAACCCGGCGCCGACGGACCACAAGGACCACCCGGAGAAGAUGGAUAUCCUGGACUACCUGGUGGCCCUGGUUUACCUGGAAUUCCCGGAAUGCAAGGCGCUAUUGGUGAUCCUGGGUUCGAGGGUCAACCUGGAAUCCCUGGACGCACGGGUAUGUCGGGUAGCAGCGCUCUCAAAUUCGUCUCACAACCGGGACCACCAGGACCCCGAGGACCAUUGGGGCCUAUGGGAAGACCCGGUUAUCAAGGACAACCAGGGUAUCCCGGUAGAGAUGGACCACAAGGACUUCCGGGAUUAAAAGGAAACAUGGGACCGCCUGGGUAUGAUGGAGUGCCCGGUCAACCGGGAAUCGAUGGAGAGCCAGGAAAAGACGGUGCCUAUUGUCGGUGUCCGACUCGUUCGAUGUCGCCCCAAUAUCUCAACUCUUACACCGCCAAUCAAGCACCACAAGAAUUGCCGAAUACUGGAUACGGAGAAGCGGUCGCCAGUCCAGCGUAUCAAAGUUAUGAUCAGCCAGCAUCAUUGCCUCCAGUCGCUCCUCCAGUUGCCCCACCAGUUGCACACAUCCCACGGGCACCUCCAGUAGCCGUUAGAGGGCCUGUUCCCGUGCAGAAAAGACCCGAGGACGCGAAACCCGAACCACCAGGCUUUGGCCCAAAACCUCCCGGCUUUCAUCCAAACCCGAAACAGUUGAGCGAUUUGCCGAUAGAGAAUGAGUACUUUAUGAGGAAUAGAUCAAGAAAUAGCAAUUUUGUUAUGAGUAAUGAAGAAAUCGGUGGA